GACUUGCGUUAGUACUGAUGAUGUGUCUGGAACUCCGAUAACUCUUACGUCAAACAAUCUGUCAGCUCUGGCUCUGGUUCUGGUUCUGGUAGUAACGGGUGUCGAACGAGUUUUCAUAUCCACCAAAAGACUCUUUCAUACUUUCAUCUGAGUAACUUCUCUUGAAUUCAGCAGUUGUUUUACCUUCUUCAGAGUAUUAUCGAGCCAAGACUCGAAAAAAAAGUUUAGAUUUUAUUUUUUCACGUAGAAAUAGCUUGUCAUGAGAGUUAAACAUUCGUUCCUCAUCAUCCAAAGUGUUCUUGAGAUUCUGCAGUUGACUCUUGCUAACUCAGAGUGUCCUCUGGAUACUAUGACACCUGGAACUAGAACUGGAACUGAACCUAACUUUACUAAACUACUACAUCGCAAAAGACGACACCUGGUGUUUCCCAAGAGCACCACAUUCGUGAUCACCGUAAUAGGACUGAAAUCAAUCCAAGUCAAAGAGCCGACCAAUUGGAAUCUUGAUCUCGAGUUUGACAUAAUCUGGCCCAUCCCUUCCGAUGAAAUUUCCUCUGAGAAAAAAAUAAUCCGAAAAAAAUCAAACCACAAGCUACGUCGACACAAACGAGAUUUUUACAACACUUUUGAACUAGCUCUCCAAAGACUCGGGUUCCCUGGCAAGAAUUGCAUACUGAGGACAAUAUGUGAAUCGAAAAUUUUCUUACAACCACCCGGGAUUUCAUUCCUGGAUGAUUUAUUGCGUGUCAUAUUGAGCCACGAAGAAGAUGAAGAAAAUCCAGAUUUAUAUGACAUUGCGUAUCAAUCAAUGAAUGACUGUCAUAAAGCGUAUCAGUGUCCGAUAUCUUUAUUGGAGUUGUUAGUGAAUAAUUUUUAGGAAUAAUGAUGCUGAAUUUUCGGAAUAAAAUAUCAAUAUGUACAGAGUAAUAAAUAAUAAGUGAUGGGAGAAAAAUAAUAGUUGAAGUUGAAAGGUAUUGUAUUCUCAGUGGAGUAAAAAAAAUAAAAAGAGUUUUAAAAUUG